AACGCGAAACACGGAUGCAAGCAGACGUGAUCCUCGAAAACAACCGCGAAGCCAGGAGACAAGAGUGGGAAAUGUUCUUGACGGAUUUGACGGAAAAAUGCAAAGCCGUCGACGAUUCUUUCGCUGAACGUGAAGAAGAACUUCGGAAGCAUUAC